UCUCUCAUUGGUCAAACACUGCGCAUCUCGGAAAUGAUGACGCAUCCUUGUUUUUUACAUCACAAACGCAGCCGGUGACAGCAACGUGCUAUACCGUUUUGAUCUUCAAAACUGCGUGUAUGCGCGCGAUCCAUUUUGGAUUUCACAAAGUCAACAAAAACUCGACACCGCCGGUUUGUUUUGUUGUGACACGCGUCUGAAUAAUUUUGCAACUUGAAUUCACUCGCUUUCGUGAAACAGCAUGAAACGUGCUUGACAGUGAUAUGUAAGUUUUGUGUGUGGAUUUGUUUAUCAAGAGAAAAAUCUCAACAAAACUAUAAGCACACUCGUGCGGUACAACAUAUGAUCGCCUUGAAAGAAAAUCGCAUGUACGUACCGAUAUCUUUCUUUUGUUUACACACUGAUAUGACAUUUGUGUGAUGGAACAUCUUACGUCACGAUGUUUAAACGAAUCGAGAAAACAACUCCGGACAAUGAGUUUAACCUACCGGCGAAACGAGCGAAAUUGGACAUUCCUAAGAGAGAGCGAGAAAAAAAUGACAAGACGCAGGAGAAGGAACACGACGAUCUCUGGGGCGAUGAUUUCGCCGAGGAGGAUAUCGAGGAAAUGGAUUUCAUUGCGUCUCAAGCGUGUUUACAAGAAAACAACACCGUGUCCAAUGCAAAACAUCUUGAAACUGGCUUACAUUCUGAAAAAACAAACUUCACGGAAAAGCCAACUGUCUCUAACAGAAUAUCCCAAUUUAAGAUACCAGUGCCGACAGAGAAAUCUAAGUUGAAGACAAUGAAUAUGCAGGGCACAAGCCAGAGCACCCAAGACUUAGCAGAAAUUAAUUACUCCCAGUUUAGAAAUAGAUUGAUGGACAAAAAAGAUCACAAUUCAACUUUUCAAAAGGGAAAUAGCAUUAUUAUGCCAGAUAACAGCGAAUUGGAAAGAUUGAAAAGUGAGAAUAAGAAGCUGCAGACUAAUUUUGAAACAAAAAACGGCGAGACUGUGUUUCUACGACAGCAAUUGAAACAAAUAAAGUUGCGAGCUGAAAAUGAAAAAUCGGAAAAGAUGCGUUUGAUAGAGGAGCAAGCCAAUCAGCACAGAUCGGAGAUAAACGAGAUCUGCAAGGAAAAAGAACAAUUAAAAACACAAAUAGAAUUACAAAAGUUAGAUAUUGAAAAUCUUCUAGAACGUUGUAAGCUACUAGAAUCUGGAAAUAUUAAAUUGAAAGAACCGCAAACGUAUGCAAACACAUCUCUUAGUAGGAACAAAUGCAAUACCUCAAUAAAACGGCCAUCAAACAAAACUUCAUUGAAAGAAGCAUGUGUACAAGCUAACACGUGCAAGAAAACUGAUUACCACCUUAAGACAAGUCACACUUAUUUUCCUCUUGCUGGAAUUUCAGAGUUUAUGGUUGGAACAUCAUCGCCAGAAAAACCUAUUGUUAAUGUUAAGAUUACAGAAAAGACUGGAAGAAGAAACUUGCCCAUUUUGCAAGAAGAAGAAUCGUCGAGAAUUUUUGAAAAUCCCGACUUGGUGAAACCAGUGGUUACUAUGGUAGAUGAGAAGAGAUUGACAACGGAAUUUGUUUUACAAGAAAUUACCGCUUUGGGAAGAAAAGUUGAUACGGAGAUCGAGUCCGAAAAAUGUAUUCCAAUUAUCAACAAGCUGAUUUUGGCCACGCGGGAACUAGUGUUGAACGUUGUGAUGGUCCUGCAAACGAUCUUCCAAGCUAUGAGCAAUGACGACAUUCGAGAUAUGAACGAUCUAUAUUUUUCUAAGAUUUACAACGACCACGUUGCUUGCAUUAAGUCUGAGUGUGAGGCGGGUUCGUGGCAUGACGGAGAACGCGGUAUCGAAGCGAGAAGAUUGCUCGGCGCGAUCUCGGAGAUUAGUUUGGAAUCGACGUAUUUAAGAAAUUACCUGACGGGAAGAUUGCCGCUUAACGCGCGCAAUGACGAGUGUUACAACAGCUACUUGCGUCAAAUGACACGUUACAAUGCGUGGCCGAAGAAAGAUCACCAGUUCGAAAUUCUUGAGAUUUUUCUAGAAUGCGUCACUUUAAUAAGACGUGUUAGAAGAUCUCAUCAAUUUACAGGCCUCAUAAACGCGAUUCUGAAAGUGCUGUGUAACGUGCAGCGGAAAGACAGUUACUGCGAGAAAGGUAAAUGUCAUUUCAGAUUGGAAUACGUGUCUGUUAUAUUCAAAGAAAUUGUGUUCUCGAGACCGCUGUCGCUUUGUUACGUCUCCCUGGCGCGUACCUUAAUGAUCUUCAGCAGCAAAAGCAAUGCGUUUAUGUCGAACCUCUGCAAGAAUUCUCAGUCGAUGGCGAUAAAAACGUGGAAUGGCGCUUUACACUUUACACCAGAUGCUUGUGUCUUGCAAAUUCUUUUAACGCAAAUGGAGCACUUUUAUCCAAACUUUCUUACCACAGUAAAUCUGACGCAUGCGUUGAUAUCGUCCGUAUGGUAUGUCUUGCAGAUGAACGGUAAUUUAUUAAGACCCGAAUGCUCGGAAACGUGCAACUGUUACAUAAAAUUAUUGCGGUUCACGAUUAAUAUGUUGAGAAAAUGUUCUGAAACCAGAUUAGACGUAAUUGAUAAUUCCGAGUGGCAAGAUCCGCGUCGCGACAAGUGUUACAUCUUGAAGAGAAUUAAUUACAAGGACUACGUGCGUCAGAUGAGAUACGUCGUCGGGUGGCGAGACGCGGAGAAGCGUCUGACGACGGAAACGUAUCCGGAUAACUUGGAUCAAAAUUUUUGGAGCGAUAUAAAAAAGAUGCACUACAAAGUGUUGAGGCUGGGCAUCAGCUUCCUGAGCCAUCUCGCGGUUUGCGAUCCCGACUUUGUUACCCGAUUUCCCGACAUCGAAAAUUCCUUUCACUUGUUCAUGUGCAACAUUGCUUUCUUCGACGACUUGUCGUUUCACGAGAACGAACGAGAAGCAUUGAAUCGGAUAAAAUCGACGUUCGUCAUUGACAAAAGUGUACAAAGUGAGACCGAAACGCAUCACAGAAACGUAGGUGUUAAUAAAUCGAGCAUGACGAACUUUAAAAAGAAAGCUGUUCCCACAGCCGAUAGAAGUCAGAAUCAUGUUGGACCGGAAAGUCACAAGAGAUCAUGUAUGAUUAUCAAAGCGCUGUACGAUUCUAAAUUAGAAUACAGAGAUAAGUGAACAUAUA